CCUUAUACAAUUAUUUCCGCAUUGUGUGUAAAUACAGAAUAUGAUUUGCGCAUUCGUGUGAUUAUAGUCUGUAUGUGCAUUUGUAUGAAUUGUAUAAAUAUUCGUAUGAACAUAGGAGAACCUUGUACCACAUAGAAAAAAAUCUCAUUUAGGAAUCUUGUGAAGCCAUAGAUAAAGAUGAACCGGAUUAAUUGUAUCAGAAUUGGAGGAAGUACACCCACAAGAGAUCUUUUCGCCGAUAUGAAUGGACGUCGGCCAGUUAAUAAUGGUAUGUGGGGAAAUAAUAUGGAUCACAUGGAUAUUAGAAUUGCUAGGUUACUGGCGCAGCAGAAUUCUCCUAUAGGUUUCGACGAUGACUCUAGCGACUCGGACGACUCGGAAGAUAAUUUUCAAACAGAUCUAGCCCCUAUGUUCAUUGGAGGUGCAAGAGGAGGGAUGAGGCCACAACGCAACCCUCAAACAACAAAACAAACUCAAAAAGCUGUGCCUACGAAACGAAAGAACUUCGAUGUCUCUAUUGACAUUGGUAAUAUUUCUCUGAAGGUCAAAAGUGGUAACCUGGCAGAGCAAGAGGCUGAUGUCAUAGUAAAUAGCGUUGCUACUGAUCUCGACUUAACAAAAGGUGUUGGUUCAAGUGCCAUUUUUGCAGUUGGUGGUCAAGUAAUACAACAAGAAUGUGAUGAUAAUUAUUCAGAUGGGAUAUCAUUUGGUGAUGUAGCUAUAACCUCUGGAGGGCAGCUUAAAUGCUCUAAAAUAUACCAUGUAGCGCUACCUAGCUGGAAUAACAAUGAACAGGAAAUACAAGCAAUCUUGAAAAAAUGUUUCGUGCUAAUGGGACAAUCUCACGUAGCUUUGAGAAGUGUGGUAAUACCACCACUUGGGCAUGGGUUUUUGGGAUUUCCAGACGAUGUUAUUGCAAGAAAUAUGAUAUCGACAAUUGUAGAAUUUGGGAAGAAUCCACAGAUACACCAUGCUUCAGUGUCCAUUGUAUGUCACAGAAGGCAACAUGUAAUAUUCAAGGCACUAAAGACAGAGGUUAAAAGAUUAACAGUGCAGCUGCAUAUGGAUAUGUAUAAAGGCGAUCUCAAAACUCCUUCGUACUGGACGAAGUACGACCAAACAAAGACUCUUAGAGAAUGGAAUUGUCACCAGAUAUCUGCUAAGUGUUGGGAACAGGUGCAAGUAAGCCCAGAAGAACGUUCUGCAAUUGAAAAACUUGUUAUGGAUACAUGGAUGAAGCAGUUUGUUGGACAUGGUCGCGAUUCACGGGGACUUAAUGCAUUAAAUUACGCUAACAUACAAAUUCUUGACGUAGAAAGAAUAGAAAACCCAUUAUUAGCAGAAAGGUAUUUCCAAUGCAGAGCAACAAUGUUUCAUAAGGUCGGACAGUUAGAAAGAACUUUUACAAGACUUAAAGACAUACCGUAUGCAAAAAAUGGAGGUAUUUUGACCACGAAAAAAGCAGGGAAAACCUUAACACGUGAAAUGUGCCAAAUGGUAAAUGAACAUUAUUUAUUCCAUGGCACAACCGUGGGACGGAUAGACGUUAUAGCGGCUCAGGGUUUUGACAAUAGAUUGACUGAAAACGCUAUGUUUGGACCAGGUGUUUAUGCUGCUGAAAGUUCAACAAAAAGUGAUCAAUACGCAGAUCCCAGAGAUCAGCGAGAUAAGAGAUCACCAAAAAAAAUGAUACUCACAAGAAUGCUUCUUGGAGAGAUUUAUGUUACGGACCAGCCAAAAUCGUUCCAAAGACCACCGUGCAAAACCUGCAAGAAAGAUAAAUGUUGUGAUUCGUCACAUAAUCCCAGAGGGCAGGGAUUCUUUGAUUCCGUAGUUGUUGAUGGACAGUGGAACUUCAGAGAGUUUAUUGUUUAUAACAGUAGUCAGUGCUACCCAGAAUACAUUAUCACGUAUAAAAGAAAAUAAAAGCGGGAAACAGAAGCGCGAUUGUGACAUUGUAGCAUGAUCGUGAUUUUUUGACUGCUUUCUAACAAUGUUAUUAUCUGUUAUCUACUCGACACUUAAACAAUGUACACGUAAUACUGUUAUAAUUAGUGUACAAUUUUUACAAAUCUACCAAAAAGCAAAAAGGAAGAUGAAAUACAUGUUAUUUUAAUAAGUGUUCAUGUCACAUGAGUGUCAUGUAUGUUUCUUUUUUGUUCGGUUGUAAAACGUUCUUGUAUUUUUCUUGUAUUUUACUAAAGAUCCAACAGUUAUUAUUAACUUCUCUAUCAAAAUCAUUUUCGUAUUCAGAUUUUUCGAAAAUUGAGCAUCAAUUCGCUGCAAAGGUUACAACGUAAGAACUUGCAAUUGAUUCCAUUUAUCGUCCGCUAAGUAUGUAAGUUUUUCGUGUACUUAUUAAUUAACUUUACACGUACUCUACUAUUAUUAGUUAACUAAGUGAAAAUAAGGGAUUUAUAAGACAAAAUCUAGAAAGGAUUUUGUUUAAGUUUGUACAAUAAAUAUUAUCUUCGUGUCAUGUAGCCUUCAUUUACACUUCUUGUUUAUCUGUUCAAUAUAUUCAUGAAACUGAAUAUACGAUACACAACUGGUAUUCCCCUGUCAUUUACCUUUUGAAUGCAAAUAUCACAAACAUAAUUUAUUGAAAAGGGGCGAAAAGAAUAAGAAUUUUCUAUUUCUGCGUCAUGAUUAAAUGCUUACUUUGUCAUGAAAGUCGGUUUUGUACA